CUAACGACAGUCAGUUGUCGCCCAAAUACAGCAAAAUGUAUGUUUACGCGCUGCCCCCCAUGCCUUCGGACGGAUUCGUAAGCAUAUCGACGCGGAUUUUGCUCCGCCGCUCGUUACAUCACGGUCGUUACAGGAGUAGGAAGAAGAGGUAGUAAAAGAGGAGGGUAAUAGUCGACAGAAGCGCCCUCGAAGCCGUUCCGUGGCUCCGACCGAAUCGACGAACCGGACAGCCAAAUCGAAACGCUCCCACGCGUCGAACCCGAGCGCAUACGGCGCGUUCACGACUGUUUAUCAUCUUGCUGUAAGAAGAUCGAUAGGAACAGCAAUGGCGUCGUUAAAGUCGCGCGCCGCGCCAAGCGGGCAACUGAGCACUACAGCAAUUGCUGCUAUCGUCACAGGCAUUGGCGUUGUUAUGCUAUGCCUUCUCGUCGCUCUUAUAUUUCUCCUUGUUCGGGCUGUCAAGAAGCACAAACAGCUACUCGCGGAUUUAGAGGAACGAGGCGUAUCAAUUGCGCAGGCGCAGAAGGAAGCAGGACGAGAACCCAUUACAAGGCCACGUACUGUGCUGCGGCGCAACACUGUCCUGCCCUUCCACAAGUCCGGAUGGGGGGCAUUACCUUCGGUGGAGACAUUCCGAUCCGCAGAAUCAGCCUCUGCCCCUGCGUAUUAUGCGCCGCCUAAACCAACCGAGGAGGUGAAGAGAGCCAGUCGUCUCUCAUGGCCAUUCUCCGCGCGUCGUUUAUCCGGCCACUCCAGCCAAACUAUACAGAUGAAGAAGAUGAGAGCGUCGAGACUUUCAACAGUCAUGGAGGAUCCCAAGAACUCAUCACUAGUAUCUAUUCUGAACAACACUCAUGUAAACGGGAGCAGGUCCUCCAUCGCUUUAUCGGGAGAUUAUGGCAAUCGACCCUCGCCAUGCCAAUCAUUACUCCAAUAUCACCCGGCUUUCCGCAACCAGGGCCAUGCUACAGGUCCUAUAGUGCCAGAGAGUCGAUCGAUUACCGGGUCAUAUAACCACCACAUGGAUGCAAAUAAACGUUUACAGCGGGCUAAAUCAGUUGCUGAGGUACCAUCAUUACAACCCUCACGCCCACAACUACGGGCGAGAUCCGUUAGUUUAUGCAGUCAAACUUCUGGAAAUGCACCCGAUGUGAUCUUGCCUCCUCUUCCGCUCGACAUCGCUCGUAUCAAGAGCGACGCGAAAAGACGCAGCGAACUCGGACGCACUCCGUCUAAGCUUUCGCUAUCUAGUUUCGGUUCCGCCGACACUUCAAUCCUCACGUCUCGAAGUCCAAGUGUGCCGCAGUCCGCGAAGUUUGGGACUCGAAAGAUCACCAAGCCCAAUGCGAAGGGGUCUAACUUCGCACGAGUGAAGCCAUUCAGAGACACGCUUGAUCUUCGCGCCAGAGUUCUAGGCGCACGAGGCUCGACCCAGAGUUCCCCGACUCGAAAUAGCAUGAUUUCUGAGGAAUCCAGAGAAGUAAAGCCCGAAAACCAAGGUACUUUAUCAACAGAAUCGAGCACCAACUCGCUCGGUGCGAUUAAGGGAGCACAGUCCGUUACCUUAAGCAAGGUAUCUUCGCCAGCUGCCAGCCCUAUCACAGCGUCGAGUCUGAGCACGCCGAAGCGCAAAUUAAAGACCCAGAUAUCUUCGUCGGGGUCUCCUGAGCGACAUUAUCAGAGCGCUACGGCCUCGCGAAGUUUGAAUGGUGCUAUCAGGUCACCCAAACGCCAGCAUUCGCAGACUUCUUCACGAAGUAGCGGCGGCAACCCUUUUCAGUGGGAUCCAACUCCAAUCUCAUCCACUGGGAAGCCUUCCGCGUUGAAAGGAAGCCCCAGCGCGCGUCAAGGACAUCGACGAAAGAACAGUGUGCGCAUCUCCUUAGUACCCACCAUCCAUGGCCCGCCUAGUAGGACACCUAGUCUAUCAGCUUUAGUCGACAACAAGGAAGAUACUACCGAAGGUGCUUCGGCGAAGAAACCCAAGGCCGGUAUCGAUCCAGCACUAUCUAGCACGAGGUCUCUGCCAACCCCUCCUAGCUCGUCAACCUUUGCGCCUGAUCUGAAGUUCGCUGCAACAUCUCUUCGAGCUUCCUUGACGCCAACUUCGCCUGAGUUACUUCUAGUCGGCUACGAUCAGUCGUAUGUUGUAUUCCCAACUGACCAAGUACUACCUGCUCUGUCGGCACAAGAGCAAAAGCGCUUGAGCAAUGGUUCUCUCUUCAGCUUGUCGCAAUUCCCUACUGCGCCCUCUGUCAUCGAACCUGUAGAUAUUGACAUGUCGCACCCGCAUACAUUCUCUACAUACGACCCUUAUGACUUUGAUGGAAAUUGGAUGCCCGACACACCAUUGCUUCAGCAGUAUCCAUUUCAAGCACAAAAUUAUGGCCGGGAUCGGUCACCUUCGCCCAUCAACAUCGACAUCGAUGAGUACAAUCCGGAGCAACCUAGUUGCAUUUAUCAAACACCCGCUAAUACUACUUCACGAGCGUUCCAGACCGCAUUUGCCCCCAUCCCAGAAGAGUCCUCGGUGAGCUCGAACAGGACACUGGAUCUCGCGCACUCCCGAUAUGACGACUCUCCACCUAUCUCACCCAAGUCUAUGUCUCCGCCGAGGUUCGCCUUGGUUGAUCACUCAGUCUACAAUUUGCCCACACACGCCACAGUCAUCCCAGAGGAGCCCUUCGAUACUAUUGACCCAGCAGUACUGAGUAAAGACUCUUACAACAUGCUCAAUAGCAAUUACAACAACGUUGGUGGCAGCAUUUUCAAAACGCCAAAUAGUAACCGCUCAAGCAUUGCUAUGCCCACAACACCUGGUUCAGCGCGCUCGGUAUUCGACCCUCUUCUCGAGGCAGCUCUUCCAUCAACCCCACCCCCCGCUUGCGGCAUGGAUUCACCAACGCUUGCACAUAUGAGAACAGGUUCACAGUCGAGCUCAAUUUACUCUUCACCUUCGCCAACCUUGUCGCUCACAUCAUGGCCUGUAGACUUACCAAGUCCGAUUAUACCAUGCUCUCCUCGUCCGGGUCAUGCGCAGCUACCGACAUCAAGGUUGUCCAUCAACUUUGCAGAAAUGCCUAGGCUUAAUCCUUCGCCUCGCGGUCCUCGCGGAUCACCGCCACGGCCUCUGCGCUCGUCUAUCGCAGCACUGAGGCGGAUGAACUCUGAUUUAACGGAAGCAGAAAAAGACAAGUCUGGACGUGGUGAGAGGAGGCAUCUAAGACUAGGGAGAGGAGACAGCAUGCAGUUACCUGGGGAUGAGAGCUGGCUCGAUGAGCUUGAGGAUGACGACGAUGCGGUGGAACUAGACGACGUAGAAGGCAGGAGACUCGUAGGCAAUGUGCUUGAAGGCUGGGAGGAUGAGGGGUGCACUGUGCUUGAUCUCGACGAGGGAAACACUUCCACUCUUUCAAAUUCCACCAUCAAGCCUGAGCCAAAAGAAGCCAAGACAAAGCCUGUAGAGAGAAACAUGACGGCCACUGCAGAGCACAGAUCAAGCAGCAGUAUAUGGGAAGAUGGCGAGAAGUUCUGGGCAUCAGCCACACCACCACAACCACCCUCCGGCUCACGCAAUAGCAACAACCUCAUGAACCACUACCAACCGCUUGCAUCCUCGCCUGUUCUCCCAAAAACCACAUUGACGGCACCAACGACCCCGACCUUCAAGUCUUCAGGCAAGAAGCGCGACUUCCAAGUCGCAAAGGACGAUAAUCCACCCUCCCCCACGGAAAACUCCACCGCCAACAGCAGCCCCAGCACUGACCACCACAACAAGAAACCCAGGGAGAGUGUUGAUAGAAGUAGUAAUAAUAGUGGUGGCGGUGCCAGGAGCAGCAAUGCAUCAAGUCGCAGUCACAGAAAGCGCCGCAUUCUCGGCCUUGGAACACCGAAUGUCAGGAUCCAGGUCACGAGUCCGGGUGGGCAGGUUAGGGGCACGCCAGGGAGUUUGUACGACUCGCAGGGUUUUCUGAUCUUUUGAACAUGAUUGUAGUUUAUGUAUUCAUGGCCAGUGUUGAUCUGCGAG